CCAUAAUUAAAAGAACAUGUGACAGACUGUAAACAUGGGAACCGGGAUGAGCUCGUGUCAUUCAGGAGUUUUGCUGCGCGUGGAGAGACUUUCUAGCUCGGGACUGCUGCCAGGAAUGUGAAGGGGAUGAAUGAGGAGCUGCAUGGUAUAGCUGGUGAGGAGCAGGUCUGAGUUGAGACCUUGGCCCUGUUCUGCUGGUCCAACUGGGUCCUGGGCUGGUGUCGAUGAUGGGGGACCAUCUGCCUCCUGUUCUGCUGGAAACCUGUGUGGUGGUCGGAGCAUCUAGCGACAAACUCAAUGAGGUCUACAAGUCCUUUAACAAUAAUGGAACUCCGGAGCACCUCCUGUUGGAGCCGGAGGUGCUGCACAUCCUGACGCCUCCCUUCUUUAGCAGACCGCAAGCGGAGAGUGAAGCAGUGAGGUCACAUGGGAAGAGGCGGCACUCUUUUCUCAGGAAGAAAAGGGAACCGCCUCCUCCGGCUGCAGUGACUCCCGGCCAAGCAGGUGGAAGAGGAGGAAGUGAAGACGUCAGUGUUCCUAAAGACAUCGACCUCAUGGCUUUACCUCAACUCUGCUUUCCGGGUGGGCUCCAAGUAACCAAUGAACAGAGAGAUGAACAAUUCCACUUCCUGGUUUUCACUGAUGUCUUUGGCAACAAGACCCAUGGAGUAGUAAUGCAAUGUUACCGACCGAUACUGGAAGGGUCGACUUUCUUCCAGAACAGAUCUGGGUCCUUUAAGUCAUCUCAACUUUUCUCUGCCUACAGUUUCUGUGUCAUAACCAAAUAUCCUUACUUCACUGCACUCAAAGACUGUCUGUCAUGUCUGUUAAUCGAGCUGAGAACUUGUCGUUUAUCUGACAUGGAGGAGACAGUGAAGGAGUUUGCAGCCAAACUGGCUCUGGUGCCUAUUCCCCCUCCUGGACAGCUACAUUUGAUGUUUACCUUGCGUCCUCUGACCAUUGUAUUACCGUCCAGAGAAGACAAAGACCACCCAGCUGUAGAUUUAGACCUCCACCUGCCUUUCAUCUGCUUCAGGCCACAGCAACUACUACAGGUGCUGUCUUGUCUCCUGCAGGAGCAGCGGGUGGUGUUAUUUUCUGCUGAUUGGGCCAGACUCACGCUUGUGGCAGAGAGCUUCUUGCUGUUCCUGCAGCCUCUGUCGUGGCAGCAGCCGUAUGUUCCUGUCCUGGCCAGAGGCAUGCUGGACUUCCUCAUGGCUCCUACUGCCUUCCUCAUGGGCUGCCACCUCAGCCAUUAUGAAGAGGUUGCUAAUGAAACUGAUGAUCUGAUCUUAAUCAACAUUGACAAGGGAAGUGUCUCCACUUCUUGUUCUGAGACUCUCGACCUACCAGAGAUUCCUCCGGCCGCAGCAGACUGCUUCACACAGAGGUGUCAGUCCCUGCAGAUACAUUUUGACCUGUCUCAGUGCCACCAGUCCAGCUGCACUGACAUCAGCGAGCAGCGGGCACAGAGAAGAGCGUGGCAACACAACCUCAACCACGACAUCCAGAGGAUCACACUGGAACUGAUUGUCAACAUAUUCAGGGAUGUUAGCGGUCAUCUGAACUAUGAACAUCGAGUGUUUAACAGCGACGAGUUCCUGAAAACCAGAGAGCCAACUGAACAGCUGUUUUACAAAGAGGUGUUGGAGACACACAUCUUCCAUUUCUUCCUCAAGGACCGCCUCAACAGGAAAAUGGACAACUUCGCUCGAAUGGAACUCAGCACUCGCUCUGAGAUGCAGAAGAUGAAGGCUAUGGUCGAGGUCCCACGCAGACCCACCAUGCAGGAGAUUCAAGCCCGGAGAAAGAGCUCUGUUCCAGGGAGUCAGCUGAGUAAGAGACUGGGGAUGAGCCUCCCUAACCUCGAAGACGACCAAACUAUCAGCUUCCGAAGAAACUCGCUGCUGACCAAGAUCAUCUUGUCUGACCCCGCGCUGAGAACUCCUCCUAAGCCAGCAAAGGUGUUUAAGCUCCCAGAUUUCCCAGCCUCUCUGUCAUUCCAGUCUGUCCAAAGUUAUUACACCGAGCUGAUCCAGCAGCUUGGCAAAUCCAUCUUCUCUGUCCAAAAUGAGAACUCUACUCUGCUGGCCAGAUUCUACUACUUGCGUGGUUUCAUUAACACAUUGUGUUGGCGGCGGCUGGACGCUCUGGGUGAUUUCCAGAACCUCUACAAGACAGACACCGCCAUCUUCCCCACACAGCUGUUCACAUGGCUCGUGGACUCGCUGCACCGAGACGAGAGACAGCAAGCCGAAAAGCGACCUGAACUCAAGAGACUAAUCCUCAAGGUGAAGACAGAGAACGAGAAGCUGUUGGUGCAGCCUGACGACCACGUCAAGAAGUUUGUGCUCCCCCGAGAGCAUCUGCAUCAGGAAGAGUUUGUACGUUGCGUUCAGGAGUGCGGGAUUGUAAAGGACGCAGCAACCAUACACCGUUUAUUUGAUGCCCUCACUGACGGCGAGUCAAAGCAGGUGGACCCCGAGCUCUUCAGAGUCUUCUACACCUUCUGGAAGGAGACCGAGGCCGAGGCCCAAGACGUCAACUUGCCCUCUGAGGUCAUAGACCAUCUUGACAACAGCGAGUGUGUCUACAAGUUGUCAUCGUGUGUCAAGACCUCCCACGGCGUCGGUAAAAUUGCCAUGACGCAGAAACGUCUGUUUUUGCUCACCGUGGGACGACAGGGCUUCCUGGAAAUCACAAAGUUCAGAGACAUACAGGAGGUGAAGAUUGCCUCAGCUCCCUUUCUACUUGGCCGUAUUCCUUCCCUUCGUAUCCAGACCUCUGGCAGGCUUGAGGUGUUUGAGGCCAAUCUGAAGACGGAGACUGAACUCUGGUACCUUGUGGUGAAAGAGAUGUGGGCCGGACGCAAACUGGCCGACCAGCACAAGGACCCUCAGUACAUGACUCAGGCUCUGACCAACGUCCUGUUAAUGGAUGCCGUCAUGGGCUGCCUGCAGACACAGCGGUCCAUCAUCGCUGCCUCAAAGCUGGCCUACUUUGAUAGGAUCAAACAUGAAGUACCCAUGACGGUGCCGAAAACUACCUCAGAGACUCUAAAACACAAGAUCAACCCGUCACUGGACCUGGCUGAACCUCAGACUGUACAUGUGCUGCUUUACACACCAGGUCAGUUGACUUCUAAUGACUCAGAGGGUGAGAUGAACCCGAAGCUGUGGGUGGCUCUCAGUGGGGGCAGAGUGGUUGUGUUUGAUGCAGCUAGCUGGUCCAUGCUGCAGGACUGCAUCCAGGUCGGAGAGUCGCAGCUGAACUGCAUGCUGGGAUUGGUCCAGGAGCAGGUGUGGAUCGGCUCUCAGGACUCCGUGAUCUACAUCAUUGACACUCAGAGCAUGUCCUGCAACAAACAGCUGACUGAGCACAGACAUGAAGUGACUGGACUCACGGUGGACUCCAGAGAUCAACACAACAGUCAGCUGACAUACUCCUGCAGCUGCGAUGGGACGAUUCUGCAGUGGGACUCGGCCAGUCUCAAAGUGAAGCGCCAGUUCCACCUCAGCUGUGACCGUCUCUCCUCCAUACAGAUCUAUGAUGGCGCACUGUGGUGCUGUUGUGGGGACAGCAUUGUGGAGCUGAAAAAGAGCGGGAGCCCACAAAGAAGAAUGGCACUUCCUAAUGACUUACGGAGCAUGCCCAGUAGCUUCAGCAGCUUUGUCGUCAUCCCAGAGAGAGGUCAGGUGUGGACGGGCUGUGCAGACUCAGGCGAGCUGUGUCUCUGGCACACGAACAACCACAGACGUCCAACCAAGAGGAUCUCCCUGCCAGGCAGCUCAGGAGUCACCUGUAUGAUUCGAGUCAAGGACCAGAUCUGGGUGGGCUGUCGUGGCAGGAGCGGUGUCGGAGGUCAGUGUGACGGUCAGCUGAGAAGUCAGGUGUUGGUGAUGGACGCAGAGCACCACACUGUGGCAAAGGAGCUGCACGCCCAUUCAGACAUCAUCCAGACGCUCUGCUCUGCUGAGGACCGCUACGUCCUGAGUGGCUCCGCACGCCGCGAUGGCAAGAUCGCCAUCUGGAAAGUCGAGUAGAGAGCAGAGAUGGAGAAAGCACAAGUGAAGGAAGAGAGAGGCAUGUGGAGAGAAGGACAAAUGUGUACUAGUGAGUACAUACACAAGACAUAAUACAAGUUUGGGUAUUUGGCCUUGACAAGAAGAUCAUCCUGUGGGAGGCUGAGUGAAGCAAGUGAACAUGAAUAGAGGACAGUUCUUUUCUUUCACUUGAAGGAGUAUCUUUUUGUAGCCGCAUUUCAAUGGUAAUUGAGUUUUUCUGCUGGUAGUUAAAAUCACAAAAUGGUAAAAGCAGCCCUCAAAGAUGACAUUUGGAGACUUUUAUGUAAGAGAGAGCCCUUAAAAUAAAUAUAUACUGUGUGACAGAGAUUUGGUUUGUGACACUGGUUCUGGAUUUCACGCAUGAGGUGUGAAAAAGGUCAAGUCUGUGCCUUAAAUAUGUUCUUGAUUUUGUCAAGAUUUCAACAGCAGUAAGAUAUUUAAAUGCUACAAUGAUUGUCAUUCCUGUUUCUUUACCAAGCAUUGAUAAUAAAUUACAUUUUCAGGUAU